AUGAAGAUCGGAUACUUAAAUAGAGUUGGUCAAAGUAAUCCAUGUACAGAAAAUUCGUCUGUACGCAGUGUUGCCACGGACAAUGUCUGGGACAGUAUUUAUUAUAAAUCUCCAAAAAUUAAAAUGAACAUGUACGAUCAAGAAACAAAUUUUCCCGAAAUAAGGAUUAUAAAUCUUGCCUAUGGCAUUGGCAUUAACGUUAACAGCAUAAUUGGAUCGGCAAUUGUCACUGCACCAGGAAUUAUUUGGAAUUCAGUAAAGUCUCCAGGAAUCGUAUUAUUAUUAUGGUUAAUAGGUGGACUCGUUAGUAUGGCGGGGUCCUUAACAUAUGUUGAGCUUGGCGUUAAACAUAGGAUAAGUGGAGGCGAAACAAAAUAUUUACAGACCGCUUACCCACAUCCAAGAAAAUGUAUAAGCUACCUUUUUAGUUUCAUGUACAUUUUUGCGAUUAAGCCAGGAAUUACAAGUGCGAUUUUGCAAUCUGCGGCGCAGUAUCUUUGGUAUACUAUUAGUGGAGCUCAUUUUAAUAUUGAACAGGAUAAAAAUGGAUGGAAUCUUCCAUUUUCUCCGUUCUGGGUUAUAAAAUUCAUCGCGAUUGCAAUGUUGUUUGUUAUAACAGCAUAUCAUAUGAUUGCCAUAGUCGGAAUUUGUAGAUUAUUUUUGGAUUGGGAAACAAGUCGACUCCACUGGCAAAAGCCAUUAGAAGGAAAUACAGACUUCACAGCUUAUACAUCUUCAAUUUUACUGAUUAUGUUUAGCUAUGAAGGAUGGAACAGUUUAAAUUACUCGUUGAACGAGUUUAGGAAUGUGGAAAGGGAACUUCUCUACAGCAAUAGUAUCAGUGUUGUCAUUGUUACAUUAUUGUAUCUUCUUGUAAAUAUUGCGUUUAUUUCUGUUGUACCUAAAGAAGAUAUACUUAAUAAUGGAAAAGCGGAUCAAAUUAUAGCCGCAACUUUCUUUAAUAAAGUAUUUGGUGGAAAUGAGACAAUAGUUAGAAUUUUUACUUUUCUAAUCGUACUUUCUGUGAUUGGCACUGCUGCAUCAAAUGUGUGGAGUGUAUCAAGGGUAAUCGUUACAACGGCAAGAUCAAAUUUUUUUCCCAUUUAUUCAGAACAAUUAAAAAUUUGGCAUGAAUAUUUUCAUACUCCAAUUAACGCUUUAAUAUUGCAAUUCAUUUGGAAUUCAUUUAUUAUAUUGAUCGUCGGUAGUUCUUUUACAAUAAGCAAUUAUGAAUUAUUUUCAUCAUUUGCAAUGUAUAGUUAUUGGAUCUUUUAUGUUGCUACUGGUAUAGGGUUAUUUGUAAUUCGACAUAGAGAACAUAGAGAAUUAAGGGACAAUGUACAUGAACAUGAUCAAGAAAUUAAUUCAAUUAAUAGCGACGGAAAUGAAAAUCAACUAUUUGAAGUUCCAUUAUUUAUAACAGUAAUUUUUAUUUUGUCAGGAUUAUAUAUUUUGGUAUUUUCCUUUGUUAUCAACGUUAAAUGCCCAGAAUCUAUAGCACCUGAAUCAAUUGAAUGUAGUCAAUAUUUGACAACACAAAGAGUUCAACAAAUGUCACCAUUACUUAUUAGUUACGGAACUCUUUAUAUUGCUUUAAUAUCUUGGUAUUAUUGGUGGAGAAGUACCUAG